GGCGGCGAAGCACUUUGUCCAAUCGUCAGAAGUUGCUCACUGUAAGCACAACACCGGGGAGAUUGCUGCUGCAAGUGCCACUCGUCACAAGGAAUAUGCCCAGUGAUGAUGAGGAAACUGAACGAGUAUUACAGGACGCAAAGCCGUCCGCCAGUCGCGGAGGAUCCCGUGGAUUUGGAGCCCGAUCAGCGCACGGGGGGGGAGGGUGGUCAUGACACACCUCCGUUGGGGGCAGAUUGCAGGGCAAGUCCGGCGCCGAAGGAAGGGAUCGGCAUUGGUUUUGGAUCGACCUCCAUCGUGAACAGAGCAGCCCCCACUUGCACGGAUAAUAAGACGCCAUCAGAGAUCGUCAAGUACUUGCGGGGUCCCGUACUGGCUUCCACUCGCCCACCACGACCUCCCUCUGCCGGUGUGGGGCGUCAGCAGACAUCCAUGGCCACUUUUGUCGUGGAUGAGCUCCAGAAAAAGUUUGACCAGGCAAUCGCCUCAUUCUACUUCAAGAACGACAUUCCAUUCAACGCUGCAAGAUCAGACUCCUAUAAGAACAUGGAGAGAAUCAUGAGCGAGGCGGCCAGGUCGCCAAGGUACAACUUCUUAAGGACGAAGGCCCUACCCACGGAGUGCAAAACUGUGGAUGGAGAUUUGGAGAAGAUCCGUGAGCCAUGGGAUAUUACAAGCCUUAAGUUGAUGACGGACAGUACGACAACGACCAGCGACAGGGCAGUCAUGAACUUCAUUGCGGCCGGGGAUUCGGGGGCUGUCAUGGUGAAGAGUGUUGAUAUGGAGGGGAAGGACAAGUCGGCUCCGGCUUUGGAGAAGAUGUGGGAGGAGGUCAUCAGGGAGUUGGGGGUGCACAGGGUCAAUGCCAUAUGCACCGACUUGGCACAGGUGAACAUAUCCGCAAGGAAAACGACGACCCGACGAUUAGGAGGAUUCCUUGGGUGCCAUGUGCAUGCCAUACAUGGAAGCGGCGAUGUGUUCUCCACUCCGGAUAAGGGGUUGCAAUUGGGGAAGAGAUUCGCCUCCCUGUUGCCCCACAUGGCCCCUAUUGCCCCGCGUGGCUCUGCACAAGACUUUUGUAAGCACCUGGCUUCGAUGUCCCCAAUGCGGACUGAUGACGAGUCUAACACCCCUGACUGGGCCAGAUUCACAGAACCCACCCCGCCCACUCUACGGUUGAACGAGGACAUUCGGCUGGUCGUUGGGGAGGGGACAUGUGCCCAAGUUUUACAGGAGAAGGACCCCGCCAGUCCAGGAUGGUGGAACGACCCCACCGCAUGACAUGAAUGCACGGUGUCACCGCCCGGCAUUGACGAGA